GUUGUUUUUCGAACUCUCAACUAAUUCCCGGGUUUUAUUCGUUUGGAUUUUAAACAAUAUUCACAUUCUUGGUUUUUUCAUUAGGCACAGAUAUGACGCAAGAGCAGACGAUCCCGGAAUUCUUCACGGGGAAGAAUAUCUUCAUAACCGGCGGCUCCGGUUUCAUGGGUAAAGUUUUGAUAGAGAAACUUCUGUACUCGUGUUCGGAAUUAAGCAAGAUCUAUCUUCUGUUGCGCGACAAGAAAGGCGUCAGGUCUGAAGAACGUCUGCAGCAAAUGUAUUCUUCUCCAUGUUUCGACAGACUACGCAACGAAAAGCCUGAGAUCUUCGAAAGGAAGGUCGCUUGUGUUUCUGGAGACGUCAUGGAAAUUGGAUUAGGUCUGUCGGAAGAACACCGUGCUGUACUUAUUGACAAUGUUAAUAUUAUAUUUCACGUGGCUGCAAGUGUAAGGUUUGAUGACCCCUUGCAAUAUGCGGCCAAGCUGAAUCUUCGUGGUACGCGAGAGGUCGUUGAACUGGCGAAGGCUAUUAAAAACUUAUCAGUGAUGGUACACGUGUCGACUUCAUACUCCAAUACCAAUAGGGAACUGGUGGAAGAGGUCAUGUAUCCCCCCCACGCUGACUGGAGGGAGGCCCUGGAGAUCUGCGAUACGGUAGACGAGCACACGUUGCGCGUGCUGACUCCUAAGUACAUUGGAGAGAUGCCCAACACGUACACAUUCACGAAGCAGCUAGCCGAGCACGUUGUCUACGAGCAGAAGGGCGUGCUACCGGCCACCAUUAUCAGACCCUCAAUCGUGAUAUCGAGUGCUACCGAGCCUGUGCCUGGCUGGAUUGAGAACUACAACGGGCCAGUGGGCUUACUUGUGGCCAGCGGAAAAGGCAUAAUGCGAAGUCUGUACACCAACCCGGAUCUGAUGGCCGACUACAUCCCGGUCGACGUGGCCAUCCAGACCAUCAUCACCGCAGCUUGGCACAGAGGAACUAAGAAGUUGAAACCAACAGACGACAUACCGAUCUACAACUGCUGCUCGGGGAGUCUUUUCAAGAUCACCAUGAACGAGGUGGUGGAAAUGGGGCGGUCGCUGGCAAAAGACAUGCCCCUUGACGGCAUGCUGUGGAGCGUCGGAGGAAAUCUCACCACGUCCAAAACUUGGCACUACUUGAAGGUGCUGAUACUGCAUUUACUACCAGCUGUCUUCGUGGACACGUUGCUGCGUAUACUAGGCAGGAAGCCGAUGCUGGUCAAAGUCCAACGCCGCAUAUACAUAGCCAAUCUCGCUCUGCAAUACUAUUUGAUCAAGCAAUGGACGUUCGUCAAUAGCAACCUGGUCGCCCUCCGUAGCUUCUUGAAGGAGACCGACAGAGCUGUCUUCUACUUCGACAUAGAGGCGUUUGACCACAGAAAGUUCUUCUACGACUCGCUCAUCGGAGCGAAGAAGUAUCUGCUCAAAGAGAACUUGGACGACUUACCGAAGGCCAGAGCGCAUUCGCGGAGAUUAGCUAUCCUGGAUUUCGUCGUCAAGACAGCGUUCUAUUGCUACUGCGCCAACUGGGUGAUGAAGAUCGAAGUUGUUAACAGUGCUAUUAACAGUGUCAUUAAUUGUAUUUUCUAUUAAACUUAUAUCUCGAA